AUGACGUUUCCCGAGAUGCUUCAGAAUUCUUCGACUCCUCCAAAGUUCAUAUCAUGGGUUUGCUGGAUUAACCCAACAAGGACAGCUGCUUCCAAGAUGCAUGAAUCGCAAAAAGUCAUUUCACAUUCGCCGAUCUCCCCUCCCAUUCUCUCCAGCCAAUCGACUUUGCACCCUUUAAAGCCUAGCCCAACCAAGGAUCUUCACGCUGAUCAAACAUUGGUGUCUGCUCGCGCUGUGGGUGUCCAAGGCGUUUCGUCAUUGUGCCUCUUCAGUGCUGGACAGGCCUUACCGCCUUUGGAUUGA